AUGGUUCAGUGGACGCCCGAGAAAGAUCAAACUCUCCUCAAGGGUGUCUUUCAGUUUGCGGACAUCAAGAUGAGCAAGGAGCUUCUCGAGCACCUCGCCAGCUUGAUCGGCGAUGGCUGCACUCCGAAGGCUAUCCAGCAUCGUCUCACUAAUAUCAAAAACACGGGCAAGCCGGUUCGCGACCUCAAUGCCACUCCAACGAAGCCCAGUCCAGCCAAAGAGAAGGCCGUCCGGUCCACCCCUUCUAAGACACCCAGUUCCGCCCGCGGCCGCGGUCGCCCCAAGAAGAACGCGGACACGGCUGGUGAGCCUACGAAUGACCUCGAUGGUUCCUUGUCUCCGUCUACGGGUCGCAAGCGCGGUCGCACUACGGAGGCCACCGAUGGUGUCACCAACGGCAAGAAGGUCAAAAAGGAGGAGAUCGAGGAGAACAUCUUCCAGGAUGCUGCUGACCAGGCGGUUGAGGAGGCAGAUGAUGCUCAAGACGAGAUCUGA